ACACACUUCUGAGCUGAGUGGAGCGCAGAGCACACACACACUCACACACACACACACACACACACUAAACCACUGCUGCUAUAGACACACACACACACACACACACACACCUGCUAGUCCUCACACAGGCAGGCCACCAGCAGCGGAACACUGGAGUGGACAGAACACGGAACACAGGAGUAGAACAUGGCGGAACCCUGGGUCCUCUAGCAUCGGCCGUGUGUGUGUGUGUGAGAGAGAGAAAGGUGCAUGUGUGUGUGUGUGAGAGAGAGAGAGAGAGAGAGGUGUGUGAGAGAGAGGACAACUUCUGACCAAGAAGAGUGCAUCUGGCUGGACUUCAUAAGCACACAGAUAUGGAUGUGACUGUACUGAGCCUAUUGGUGGGCGGGACUGUGCUCCUGUCUGUGGUUCUUCUGAUUGGUCUGUGUUUGAACUGCCUGAGACCCUCCAACCACAACAACAUCAUCACAGAAAACCAUGACAACGACGACUACACACAGCCGAGUGGCAGUUUUAUGGUGACAAGAGGUGAAGCAUAUUCAACUCAUGACAACUUUCAUCCCCUGAGUCCACGGCUCAACCCGUCUCCUUUGCCAAUAGGCAGGCCUAUUGGUGAAUACACAGACGAUGGUCAGUCUUCUGCUGAUGAGUACGUCAAUCAGGAGGAGGAGGACGACCGAGCGUACAUAGUUGUCCUGCCAGGGGGUGCUGCAUCGGCCACUCAGUCCAAACUGAGCCUCUGCCCCUCACACAGCUCUCAAGGUCAGGAUUCAAAUGAGUAUAUCAACGUGGAUCCCAGAGAGAACGACAACCCAACCCCUGAGGACCAAAACCAUGAGAGUGACCGAGACAGUGAGGACUAUCAGAACGUGUCACCAGAUUCAGAGCCUGAGCCACCGACGAUUCUGAUUGGCUCUCAGGCCUCUCUGGGGAGCCAAUCAGAUGAUGAUGAUUUGGACAGUGGAGCAUAUGUCAACAUAUAGAUUAAUCAGCGGAUCUCUGCGACCCCUGCGACCCCAACGACCUCCUCCUGACCCUGACGACCUCCUCCUGACCCCGACGACCUCUUCCUGACCCCCCCCCCCCCAUCAAGGCCUCAUCCAGGCUGGUUCUGAGUUCCACAGGCCGGUUCUGUGUUCCGUGGCCGGUUCUGGCUGAUGGCCAGUGCUGUAAGGACGGUUCUGCAAGACCGGUUCUUUAAGGCCGGUUCUGGCUCGUUUCUGUGAAUCCUCUGCUGACGACUCCUGAGAAUGUUUUCUGUUUGACUUCCAGCCUUCAUAUCCAACUGGCUAAUUUUCUUUCUAAUUUUGAUGUUAAUAUUUGGGUCAAGCUUUUGUUAACUGUUAAUUGUUUACCUUCCCCUCUCACAUGUACAAACAUGAUUAUUAAAUAAAGGGCGAAUCCUCAACAUGAUUAUUAAAUAAA